UAUUCAGUAUGAUCAGUUCUCUGGCUACAGAAGGUCCAAUUAAUUCAAAUAAAUUACAAAUCUAGAAAUACCAAUAAUUUUGAUUUACAUGUAAAAGAACAAUUAAGAUUUAAUUAAGCAUGUUAAAGGUGGAAACUAAUGAAAAUAUUGAACUAGAAAAAUGUCUCCAAGUAAAAGAGCAAGAACAGAUAGUUUGAGUACGACGAAGAAAGACCACUCAAAUGAAAGUGUUUUUAAAUGUUUAUCAGAGGCAUAUUGUGAGAAGCACUCUUGCAAUAGUGUGAAGACCCCUAGUGUCAUGCAGAAUGCUGGAAAAGAGCAUGCUGAUACAAUGGAUACUGGAAAAGAGUAUGACAAGAAGAUGCUUGCAAAAGAAGUGAUGCAUCCUAGCUUAAUGAACUGUGAAAAAGUUAACACUGGAAUAAAGGAUGCUGACGGGAUGAAGACUGCUGGAAAAGUUAACACUGGAAUAAAGGAUGCUGACGGGAUGAAGACUGCUGGAAAAGUAUUUUCUAUUCUAAAGACUGGGGAAAAGUUGCAAACUGGUGAAAUGUAUUCUGAAAAGGGAGAAAAAACAGAGAAAUGUCUAAACAAUAUGUCAAUUCAACAUAAUGGAAAAGAGCAGAUUAAAGAACAUGGUAAAAACGAGAGUUCUGGUGAAAUGUAUUCUGAAAAGGGAGAAAAAACAGAGAAAUGUCUGAACAAUAUGUCAAUUCAACAUAAUGGAAAAGAGCAGAUUAAAGAACAUGGUAAAAACGAGAGUUCUGGUGAAAAAACCAUUCCAUCACAAUAUGACAAGGAUGUGAACAUAUUUUGGUUUAGAAAUGGGAUAAGGUUGCAUGAUAAUGGUAGCCUUCAUAAUGCUUCACAGAAUACCAAGGGCAAACUACUACCAAUAUUUAUAUUUGAUGGUGAGACCCCAACUACCAACUUGUGUGGAUACAACAAGAUAAAGUUCCUACUGGAAUGUUUAGAGGAUGUAGAACAACAAUUCCAAGAGGCAGGGGGAAAGCUGUACUUUCUUCAAGGAAAACCUGUAAAGUUGUUCAGAAUCUUAAACAGGCAUUUUAAUUUGAAUCGAAUAUGCUUUGAUCAAGAUAUAGAACCUAUCUGGCUAGAGCGUGACAAUGCCGUUAAAGACUUCUGUAUUUCAAAGAAGAUAGAUGUGUUUGAACAUAUUGGAGCCACCCUUUGGGACCCAUUGGAGAUAAUCGAGGCAAAUGGAGGCACUCCACCUCUUACAUAUGCUCAAUUCUGUCAUGUGACAAGGGCCAUUGAUCAACCACCAAGACCAAAGGAAGACAUAGAUCUUAAAAAAGUUAACUUCUUAGAGCUGUCAGAAACUCUGCUAGAAGAACUGAAUUGUUUCCCAUCAUGUCCUUCUGCUGAAGAUCUAGGGUACAAGUGGUCAGGAGAGAAGAAAGUUUUUAAGGGUGGAGAAAGGCUGGCAUUAAAAUACUUCAAUCGUCGUGUGAUAUCAGAAAAAGAGGCAUUCAUUGACAGAUCAUUCCUGCCUAAUCGACACAAUCCAGAUAUUCUCUGCCCACCCAAAUCCCUCUCUCCUGAUCUCAAGUUUGGUUGUCUAAGCAUUAAAAAGUUCUACUGGGAAAUAAUUGAUGCUUUUGAAGAGGUUAACAAAGGCAGUCCCCCAGCAUGCUAUCUGAUCGUCUCUCAACUUAUUUGGCGUGAGUUUUUCUACACAAUGUCAGCUAACAACCCUUUCUUUGGAGAAAUAGAACGAAACCCUGUUUGCAUUGAUUUUCCUUGGUACAAGGAUGAUGAGGCACUGUCGAAACUUAGUUUGGGUAUGACUGGCUAUCCAUUUAUUGAUGCUGGUGUCAGACAAAUGAGGAAAGAAGGAUGGACACAUCAUAUAGUCAGAAAUGCCAUAAGCAUGUUUCUGACGCGUGGAGAUCUGUGGUUAAGCUGGGAGCAUGGAGUAGAGCUGUUUAUGAUUCACAUGAUUGAUGCUGAUUGGGCAGUUACAGUAGGGAACUGGAUGUGGGUUUCAAGUUCUGCUUUUGAAAGGGCCCUCAACUGCAGUUACUGUCUGGAUCCUCGCACAUAUGGCAAAGAGGUGGACCCUGAUGGUGCUUACAUAAAAAAAUUUGUCCCUGAGCUGGCAAAUUUCCCAGCACAGUACAUCUACGCCCCCUGGACAGCACCACUGGAGGAACAAGAAAAGGCAUCUUGCAUCAUUGGCAAGGACUACCCUGGCCCAAUGAUUGAUCAUGACAAAGCCUCAAUCGAAAACAACAAGAUGAUAUUACAACUGCAGAAGAAGGUGCUAUCCAAAUACAAGAGAGAGCCUGACCAUAUAAAACCAUCAGAUGAAUCCGAAAUAAACACAUUUUUCAGAAUCUAAAUACAGCUGAGGCUUGGGAACUUCAUGGAUUCCAAAUGUAAAUAUUUAUGAAUCUUAUCUGUUUGUUCGUUGAUUGGUACAUUCGUAAUGGUAUCCAUAAGUAUUGGGAAGGAUUAAGGCUAUUAAAAAUAAUAAAUGUUGCCUUUGAAAAAUAAUUAAAAUGCCUACAGAAAGUUUAUAAAAAUCUUUUUUGUAACAAACUUGUUUACCAAUGAAGUGGGCUUGAAGUAUUCUCUGUCCAGAUAUUUGUGUGUAAUCUAUUAUUGAGUGAAAUGUUACGUAAACAAUAAAAUAUUG